AUAUUCUAGUGUGAAUAAAUUAAAACAGAACUGAACAUUUAAUUAUUUCCAUUCAUAAAGAUAAUAAACACAGUGAUUGGUAAUGGCACAAAAAAUCCCAUCAAAGCAACUGAUGUGAAUAAUUUCUAUAAUUAUUUCAGUGUCUCAAAACAAGUAUAAAAUAUUGUUUGGAAGUUUACAUAAUGGAGGAAUAAUAAUAAAUAGCUUUUCAGUAAAUGCACAGAUAUAUCUGAAAACAACUGUCAUUGUUGAUGGUUAGAGCAAUUAAUAAUCUUAAAAAGUUUUUAAAAUUAUUUUUAAAAAUGGAGAAAAAGAAAAUUAUAUUCAAAUGCAAGUUUGAGAGCAUCAUUUCCGGCCAUCUACUUUAGAGGUGCCAUAAUCAUCAUAAUAUUCUUUUUACCGCAACCACAGUAUAUCAAGGUGGUCUACAUCCUCUAUUUAGAAAAGUCCCUUCCUGUGCCCCUGUCUAUUUUGAAAUCCCGGAUCUGCCACUUAAGGGUUUUAAUAUAAAAGCUAUUAUGGAAAUAGAUAAUGUUGCUUAGGAACUGAUAAACAAACACUGUACUAUCACAAAAUACAAAGUUAGUCCAUGUUAAGUUGCAAUAUAUAAAAUAAGUACGCAAACACAGAUUAAAUCUUCCAUACAAAGGUCCCAUUAUGGUUUCGGGGAUAACCCAAGUCUAUUUAUUAAAUAGAUACGGCAAUUUAAAAUAGAUACAGCGAUUUCUACAUGCCACACUCCACUCCAGCGUUGAAGAACAAGUGACUGAUAAUGGCACAAAAAAUCCAACCAAACCAACAGAGCAUAACACUAAAAAUUAAUGGAGAAGCUCCAGCGAUAUUUCAAUAUCCAACGACUAACAUAGAAUUCAAUGAAAGUCAAUCUACACGGAGUAAAGAGAAAAGCCCAACAUUAAAUAUGAAACAGCAGCAGAAAUAUAAAUUUUUUGACCGAAGACACACAUCAUUAGAUAAUGAUAUCAGGCAACUUGAUUUGGAUAAAGAACGUGUACAGCUGAUUAUUCCAAUACUUCAGCAACAUAAAAAGAAAAUUGUAAUAAGUGCUUUACAAAAAUAUGUAGAAGAAUGUGGCCUUUUGCAGCAACCAAGUUUAUCCUAUGGGAAUCAAGAACUGAAUACAAAUGAAGUUAAUGGUACACUCGGAUAUAUUAAUGAAAAUCUGCAGGGACAAAUAUGUCAAGGAACCUUUCCAUCCAUAGAUAGUACAAGUUUUAGUUCCCUUCAUGGAGAUUUAAAGACACACACUCAAGACAAGAUACCAAGUUCAUCAUAUGGCAUUCAGGAACUGAAUACAAAUGAAGGUAAUGGUACACUCAGACUAAACUCUAAUGAAAAUCUGCUGAGACAAACAACUUAUCCAGGAACCUUUCCAGCUAUAAAUGGUUCAAGUUUUAGUUCCCUUAAGGGAAAUAUAAAGACACACACUCAAGACAACAUACAAAACAUUGAAGAAAGAAUAAAAAACUCAAUCGAUAAGCUGAAACUUAAUUUUGAGGAACUUUCAGAAAUUGUCAAAAGCCUGCCAAAAGUGUUAGCAGUAGAGCCAACGGAUCUUAACCAUGGAGUAAAUAGUGAAGUGGAUGGAACUCAAGAAUGUUACAUACAAAAUGAUAAAGUAUUAGAACUCUUCAAAGAACUCAUGCUACGGGGUGAAGAAUAUCAUAAGUGUAUACAGACCCUUGCGAAAAAAGUUGACAUUCAAAUAGGGAUAGCUACAAUGCGUAAAAAAAAUGAACAGCUCAGACACAAAGAUACUCAGUUGGCAGAUUUAAGAGAAGAAGUUUCACAAUUACGUGCGAUAAUCAGUAAAAAGCCAACAGAAAGAAGUAACAUUGAACCAAAGCCUCCUUCAUCAUUAAGAUCACCAGAACAGGAAGCACAUCAGAACAGACAUAGAGGUCACAUGCCAAACUCAGUAUAUAAGCGCAAUUUAUUUAGCAAGGUGCCUAAAGAUGGGGAUUGAUGGGAUCCAUUAACAAUCUGAAUUUUAAAUCUGAAUUUCACAGCUAAAUAAAAAACUCAUAGAAGAUCAAAGCCAUGGAACUGCCAAAUUUAGCACCUAAGGGCAAUGUUCUUGGCAUCUCAAAAACAGGGUGUCAAACUUUCUAGAACCUACAGGAAAAUUAACAUCUCGACGAGAUUUGAUUGACAUAUAAACCGAUUAAUCAGCGAGCGUCAUUUAGUCACAUGAUCGAAAACAUUUUCUCGGACAUUUUAAUUUCCUUAGACAGCUGGUAUAAAUGCGAAACAUACAUGAGCCUAGGCCUAGAUGUCUAUGCUUGGUUAUACUGUAGAUACCCAGAUUUACACGAGCAAUGCGCGUCAGUGACUCGGCCUUUGCCGACAACAAGGUUGACUUACUGCGGCUUUUCCUUUGGGAGUGAAAUACAGAGGCUUUUACAACAAUUUCCCCGCCAUGUUCCAUGAAAUAGAUAACACUAUGAAUGUUUGAUUCAUUUUCAUACCGCCUAACCUGAAUUCUCUUUCUUAAAGAUGGUUGAUAGCAAAGAAAAUUUUUGCCAACUUGGUAAGUCUAGCAUACAGUUGUUCAACCAUGAAGCCUCCGUGGUCUAAUGGUUAGGACGCUCGCCUUGACAGCAAGAGGUCGCAGGUUCGAGUCCCGCCAGAGGCAUUUUAUUACACAAUUUCUUU